CUCCGCUCUCUCCUCUACUGUCACCACUCUGAGCGGCACAUCCGGAACACAGUGUGUGUUGUCGGUACGGACGGCGCUGCUGCCCUUGCUGCACCAGUGUGUGCUCAUCAGCCGGGAUGUCUCAGCGGGAGUGGGGCGUAGUGGAGGAUGUUCAGAAACACUCCGUCCACACACUGGUUUUUAGAUCUUUGAAGAGGACCCAUGACAUGUUUGUGGCUGACAAUGCCAAGCCAAUCCCAAUUGAUGAAGGGAGCCACAAACUGAAAAUGGGAGUGAAAUUACGGACAGAAUACGGACCUGUGCUUCACAUGCCCAUACUGAAGGAAAACCGUGAGAAAGGGCUUCAUGUGAUGGGCGACCCAUAUGAUCAUUAUUCCAGUAGUCAAGGUCUUGAGUCUGAGUACAUGGUAACUGGAACACAUCCAUAUCCAUCAGGGCCAGGUGUUGCAUUGACGGCAGAUACUCAGAUCCAAAGAAUGCCCAGUGAAUCCGCAGCACAGUCUUUGGCUCUGGCACUCCCACCUUCACAAUCAAGGUUAGAUGCUCACCGCACUGCAGCUGGUGUUGGCGAUAUUUACAGGCAAGCUGGGUUUUCUGAGCGCUCACAGCCACCUGGCCUGUCACUGGCUGCUAUGGAGUCUGGUGGAACAAAACACUCGACCUUAGCAAAGAAAGCGCCAACAAUGCCCAAACCACAGUGGCACCCCCCUUGGAAACUGUACCGCGUUAUCAGUGGUCACUUAGGGUGGGUGCGAUGCAUAGCCGUUGAACCUGGGAACCAGUGGUUUGUUACAGGCUCGGCAGACAGGACAAUUAAGAUCUGGGAUCUGGCAAGUGGUAAAUUAAAGCUGUCCUUAACAGGACACAUAAGCACUGUCCGAGGAGUGAUUGUGAGCAACAGGAGCCCGUAUUUAUUUUCUUGUGGAGAGGACAAGCAGGUGAAAUGCUGGGAUCUGGAAUAUAAUAAGGUGAUAAGGCAUUACCAUGGUCAUCUAAGUGCAGUCUAUGGGCUAGAUCUGCAUCCUACCAUUGACGUGCUGGUGACUUGUAGCAGAGACUCAACUGCACGUAUAUGGGAUAUAAGAACAAAAGCUGGUGUACACACACUUGUCGGCCAUACCAAUGCUGUUGCAACAGUACGGUGCCAGGCUGCCGAGCCGCAGAUCAUUACAGGAAGCCACGAUACCACAAUUAGGAUGUGGGAUAUGGUGGGCGGAAAGACUCGCAUCACAUUAACAAAUCACAAGAAGUCUGUCAGAGCUGUUGUAUUACAUCCACGACAGUACACAUUUGCAUCUGGGUCACCGGAUAAUAUAAAACAGUGGAAAUUCCCAGAUGGGAACUUUAUCCAAAACCUUUCUGGCCAUAAUGCUAUAAUCAACACUUUGGCUGUGAACUCUGAUGGUGUGCUGGUAUCAGGAGCUGAUAAUGGAACAAUGCACCUCUGGGACUGGAGAACCGGAUACAAUUUCCAGAGAAUUCACGCUGCUGUUCAGCCAGGCUCUCUAGACAGUGAAUCUGGUAUAUUUGCAUGCACAUUUGACCAGUCAGAGAGCAGAUUAAUCACAGCGGAAGCUGAUAAAACAAUCAAAGUCUACAGGGAGGAUGAUACUGCGACUGAAGAGACUCAUCCAAUCAACUGGAAACCUGAAAUUAUCAAAAGGAAAAGAUUUUAAUAUGCAGCAUCUGUACAUUUUUUAUUUUAUCUUUUUUUUUUUUUUUUUUUAACGUUUUGUUUAUCACAGUUUGACAUAGCAUGGAUUCUGUUUCAAACAUUAAGCAUAACUUUGGCUGCAGCCUUUGUCUUUCAUCAUUGUAUUAAAAUACAUCCUGUUAUGGCUAUUUCUCCUGCGAUCCCUGGAAGCUGUCAUCCCCACCCCCCCCCUCCCGGGUAAAGAAAACCGAUUAAAGUUGGAGGAUUCUCGAUGUAGGAAAAAAA